UACACUUGUCGAAAAAUGGCCGCGUUGAGUUUAAGAAAGUGAGUGACAGAGGAUACUAAGGAAUAUUAAUGUCACUAUGAAUUUUUGAAGCAAUAACCGAACAGAAAUACCCAAACGAGCUAAUAUAUUUGUUCCCAAAAUUGUGUAAAAGGUGUCGCCAUGUCUACCAAGGAGUUAUACACAAAGGGGGCACGGAUAUGGAUUCCUGACAAUGAUAUUGUAUGGAGAGCUGCUGAAUUAAAGGAGAAUUAUUCUGGACAGGAUGCUGUAGCAAUACAGUAUGAAGAUGGAGAGGAUUCUAAACUGAAAAUCGAUAAGGAAAAUUUACCACAUCUACGAAAUCCUGAUAUUUUGAUAGGAGAAAAUGAUCUGACAUCUCUAAGUUACCUCAAUGAACCAGAAGUUCUGUAUAAUUUAAAACUGAGGUUUUUGGAUUCAAAUUUGAUCUACACAUAUUGUGGUAUUGUGUUAGUGGCCAUUAACCCGUAUGAACAACUGGAUAUUUACAGCAAUGACAUCAUUCAAGCUUAUAGUGGUCAAGAUAUGGGGGCUAUGGACCCUCAUAUUUUUGCAGUGGCUGAAGAAGCAUAUAAGCAAAUGUCACGUUUUGAAAAGAACCAGUCUAUUAUUGUAUCCGGUGAAAGUGGUGCUGGUAAAACUGUGUCUGCUAAAUACGCUAUGCGAUUUUUCGCUACAGUGGGUGGGUCCCAAACAGAAACACUGGUUGAAAGAAAAGUAUUGGCAUCAAAUCCUAUCAUGGAGGCUAUUGGUAAUGCAAAGACCACCAGAAAUGACAACAGCAGUAGAUUUGGAAAAUAUAUUGAACUGGGCUUCAAUCGUGCAAAUUCCAUUAUUGGUGCUCAUAUGAGGACAUAUUUAUUAGAAAAAUCAAGGGUUGUAUUUCAAGCCCAAGAUGAAAGAAAUUAUCACAUUUUUUAUCAGAUGUGUGCUUCAGCAAAAUUACCUGAGUUUAAGAAAAUGGGACUGAAAAAUGCAGAUGACUUUUUCUACACUGCUCAGGGUGGUGCUCCAGAAAUAAAUGAUGUCAACGAUGCAGAGGAUUUAAUCAGUACUAGGGAAGCAAUGACCACACUAGGUUUAAGUGAACAACAACAAAUGGUUAUAUUUCAAAUUUUGGCAGCUGUUCUACAUUUUGGUAAUGUUUCUAUACAGGAAUGUGAAGGAGAAACAUGUGAGAUACCUGAUAAUGAUAUACCGUUAAAGUAUAUGUGUAAAUUACUGGCUAUAGAAGAAUCCCAGAUGAAGAUGUGGUUAUGUAAUAGAAAGAUUCAAACAGUUAAUGAAACACUCAAUAAACCACUUACAGAGAGUCAGGCGCGAGAUGCAAGAGAUGCCCUAGCUAAACAUAUUUAUUCAAAUUUAUUUAACUGGAUUGUAACACAAGUCAACAGAGCUUUACAUAGUGCAUCUAAACAACAUAGAUUUAUCGGAGUUUUAGAUAUAUAUGGAUUUGAGACAUUUGAAAUAAAUAGUUUUGAACAGUUUUGUAUUAAUUAUGCUAAUGAAAAACUGCAACAGAUAUUUAACAUGCAUGUAUUUAAACUAGAACAAGAAGAAUAUGUUAAAGAAGCGAUAGAAUGGAGUUUUAUAGAUUUCUAUGAUAAUCAACCAUGUAUAGAUCUGAUAGAAAGUAAACUGGGAAUAUUAGAUUUAUUAGAUGAAGAAUGUAGAAUGCCUAAAGGUUCUGAUUCCAACUGGUGCCAAAAAUUAUAUGACAAACAUCUGGGAAAAUCGAGACAUUUUAACAAACCUAGAAUGUCUAGAACAGCAUUUGUCAUCAUUCAUUUUGCUGAUCAGGUCACUUACACAGCUGAUGGCUUUCUAGAGAAAAAUCGAGACACUGUUUUAGCAGAACAAAUUAACAUACUCAAAGCUAGUGAGAUUGAAUUAGUUGGAGAGCUGUUUUCAGAAGCAGUUGAUAAUAAGAAAGGAAGAGGUGUUAAUGUUGCACCUAUAAAGCAGCAGCCUAAAGCUGGUAGUAAACAGCAUAAGCAAACAGUUGGCACACAAUUCAGAGAGUCUUUAUCAUUAUUGAUGGGGACACUUAAUGCUACAACACCACACUAUAUCCGAUGUAUCAAACCCAAUGAUGAGAAAUGUGCUUUUUCAUUUGAUCCUAAGAGAGCUGUGGAACAACUAAGAGCCUGUGGUGUUUUAGAAACUAUUAGAAUCAGUGCAGCAGGUUAUCCAUCAAGAUGGACCUAUCCAGAAUAUUUCCAGAGAUAUAGAGUAUUAGCUAAAGCUAAACAGAUUAUUAAAGGAAAUAUGAGAAAAACUUGUGAAUCUAUUAUGCCAGAUCUUAUUGAUGAUCCUGAUAAAUACAGAUUUGGCAAAACUAAAAUUUUCUUCCGUGCUGGUCAAGUAGCUUAUUUAGAAAAGCUGCGUUCCGAGAAGCUGCGAGCUUGUGGUGUAAUGAUCCAAAAACAUAUCCGUGGUUGGUUGUCCCGUAUCAAAUACCAAAAAAUACGAAAAUCUGCUCUUCUUGUUCAAUGUUUUGGUCGUGGAUUAUUGGCAAGAAGACAUGCUACAUUCCUACGACAGACACAUGCUGCUACUACUAUACAGAAACACUGGAGGGGUUACAAGGAUCGUAGUAAAUUUGAUAUUUUACGGAACACUAUCUGUCUGUUACAGGCCCAUAUUCGAGGUUUGUUUGCAAGAAGAAAUUACUCAUCCCUCCUCAAAAACCACAAAGCCUCCAUUAUACAGAGACAUGUGCGGACAUUUCUGGCUAAAAAACGCUACAAACAUGUUAUACGAGGUAUUAUACUACUACAGAGUCAUUACAGACGACGUAAAGCCAGAACGAAACUCAAGAUAUUAAAGGUUGAGGCUAAAUCAGUUGACCACGUGAAGAAGGUGAACAAAGGUUUAGAGAAUAAAAUUAUUGAACUUCAACAGAAAUUAGAUAUAAAGAGCAAAGAAAUUAUUGAAGUUAAACAAGAAGAGAAAAAGAUAUCUGAGCUGAAAACUGAAAUACAUCGGUUGAAGGAAAAUAAGGAAGUUGCUAAAGAAUCAUCUAAUAAAGUAGCAGAAUUGUUAGCAGAAAUAGAAAAAUUAAGAACAGCACUAGCUAAAGAACAAACAGAAAAACAGGAUCUAAUUACAGAAAAGGAACUAAUGAAACAAGAACACAAUAAGAUAGUUGAUGGUGUGUUGGAAGAAAAAGAACAAAUGAAAAAUCAAUUAAAUAAAGCUAAAGAGAAACUUAAGGAAGCAGAAACCAGUACUGCAGAUAUAGUGAAAGAAAAGUUGGAGGCAGCAAAUAAAUUAUUGUUAGCAGAAUUUGCAUCUGAGCGUAGUCAUCAUCAAAAACUUGUUAAAGAACAUGGCCGCCUUCAACAAAGACUGGAGAAUCUACAAGGUGAAUUGCAAAUUGUGACGAGUCCUACAGGUCAUCAGCGGUCAUCAUCAGACAUAAGCGCUGUUAGUAUAGAAUCUUACAGUAGUUCUGCAGAAGCUGAGAGAAAUAAUGAAGAAAAGGAAGAGGAUCAAGGUUAUGAUACAGUCAAACGAAAGUCCGAAGCACAGCGACCAAAUAUUCUAGACAAGGUGAUGAAUGAAGUUACUGGUCGAAAGGAAGCUGAUGUUGAUGUAGGACUUUUACUCAAACUUCAAAACAAAGUGAAAGACUUAGAAAAACAGAAAUCAAAAUUAACAACAAGAAUUGAAAGUUUUGAAGACGGUAGCAUGUCGCCAUCAUCUGUAAUGAAUGAUUCAGCAUUUAACGCUCUUAAGAUGCAAGAAUUAGAAAAUGAGAAUGAUAAAUUAAAGAGAGAAGUCAAACGUUUAAUGGGUGCUCUAGCUGAUAGUAGUGAUCUGGAUGACAGAAGUGGUGAAACUUCUCCUUCUGGUAAAAAGUUCAUGGACAAAUUCAAGAAAAAAGGAGCAUCCAAGGAAAAGUUUGAUGCUAUGUGUGAUGAGUUAGAUAGACGUAGAGAAGAAUGUCUACAAUUACGUGCCCUGUUAGCUGAUCGUACUAUCUCAACACAUACUAUAGCUAAAGAAUCAUAUAGUGGACAAGAUAAUCUGGUUAAUGAAGAUGAUGAAUUGUCUAUGGCAUAUAAAACACAGAAAGAUUCCAACCGGUUACUUCAGUCACAAUUAGAAAAAACUGAAAAAGAGGCGAAAAAAAUCCAAGAAGAAUUAAAAGCAGAAAUAAAGGAACUUAGAAAAGAUAAUGAACGUCAACAGAAACUUAUUGGACAGAAUCUGUCUUUGGGUCCAGAAGCUAAGAUUGAAGCAACUAUGCAACAUGAAAUCACCAGAUUGACUUCAGAAAACUUGGAUCUUAGGGAAGAAAUAGAUAAACAUACCACUCAGAUACGUAUGCUGAAGAAGAUGGUGAAAGUUUAUUCUAAAAAAUUACAAGCUGGUGAAGCUGCUGAAAUACAAGCUGAAUUAGAAAGAGCUGAAAGUAUAGAUAGUAAUGGUUCCCUAGCAACAGUCAAACAAAAAGAAAGAGCAUUUAUGGGAAUGUUAGAGUUGAAGAAAGAAGAUGAAGGCACUCUCGUCAAAAAUCUUAUUUUAGAUUUGAAACCUAAAGUUGCUGCUGGGUUAAUACCUGGUCUUCCUGCUUAUGUAUUAUUUAUGAUAGUUCGACAGACUGAUUUUACAAAUGAUGAUGAGAAAGUUCGAGGACUUCUCACUAACACUAUCAAUGGUAUAAAAAAAGUUGUCAAGAGACACAAUGAUGAUUUAGAAAGGAUAACUCUAUGGUUAGCUAAUACAUGUCGUCUGCUUCAUACAUUAAAACAAUAUAGUGGAGAAAAGGCAUUCCAAACAGAAAAUACCCCCAAACAGAAUGAACAAUGUCUACGUAAUUUUGAUCUGUCAGAAUAUCGGCAAGUUUUCAGUGAUUUAGCUGUUUGGAUAUAUCAAGGUUUAUUAAAACGAAUGGAAGAACUUAUACAACCGAGUAUAGUACCAGCUAUAUUAGAACAUGAAGCUAUAUCAGGUUUAAAUGCUAGUAAACCAUCAGGUUUAAGAGGUCGAGCAUCAAGUAAUGCAAGAGAAUUGGAUGGAAAUGAUUAUACCUUAGAUUCAUUAAUGAAAGCGUUAAAUAAUUAUAUGAGAAUAGUAACACAACAUGCAGUAGAUCCAGAACUAGCUAAACAAAUAUUUAGACAGGUGUUUUAUUAUAUUUGUGCUGGAUCAUUAAAUAAUUUAUUAUUAAGAAAAGAUAUGUGUAACUGGUCUAAAGGCAUGCAAAUUCGGUAUAAUUUAAGUCAUCUAGAACAAUGGUUACGUGAUAAUAAACUACAUGAAUCUGGAGCUAUAAUAGCUUUAGACCCCAUUAUUCAGGCAUCCCAGUUAUUACAAGCUCGUAAAACAGAUUCGGAUGUAGAAAGUAUCAGUGAUAUGUGUUCAAAACUAACUAACGCUCAGAUUGUAAAAAUAUUAAACCUGUAUACACCUGUAGAUGAGUUUGAAGAGCGAGUACCAAUAUCAUUUAUACGUAAAAUACAAGAAAAACUGAAAAGUCGUGAUGAUACUAAUAAUACUUUAUUAAUGGACACAAAAUAUUCCUACCCUGUGACCUUUCCAUUUAAUCCUUCAAAUAUUCAACUGGAAUCCAUUGAAGUUCCUGAUGUUCUACAUCUAUCUAUGUUAAAGAAAGUUUAAUCAUAGUUUAUUUUACAUCUAGCUACCAGAUGUCAAUACAGGAGUAUUUACUUAAAAUUCGAUGAAGCUAAACCUCUUUGAGUUAUGUCAAACUAUGGUAUUAAAUUGGGUUGAUCUUGUGUGAUAUAUUGAUUAGUGAUUGUGCAAGCUGUGUACUGUGUAUUUUUGGCUUGUAUGAUAGCAGCAAACAAAAUCAGUUACAUCUUAACACUAAAUUUUCAACAAAGACACAUAACUUAUCAACAUAUAAGAUCUUAUGAAACUGAAAAUUUUCUUUUGGACUUGUUUGACCCAAAUCAAAGAGGGCUAUUCAUUUUAAGGCAUUCAUGUAAAUUAGUAGAAAAUGCUCACUAUGCUUCUAUUAAUGUGUAGUAAUCAUAAGCAAUGAUUUCAUUAAUUAAAUUAGAUUAACACUACAUGAAGUCUCUACUGAAUUCACCUGUACACAAAUAUAAUAUAUUAAGUUGGUUAAAAGAAUGAAUGAAAAGCAAUGUUCAUAUAUUUAUUAGUCAACAGAGAAUGUGUAGUUAUUGGAUUAACUAAUGGUUGUAGAUAGUAUAUUAUAUAGAUUGUUAUUGUAUAGAUCUAUUUGUUAAAAUAGAUAUAAAAUAAACUGUCCGUUAUCUCCUUAAUUAAUCUAAUAUUAAUAAACAACGACACCUUGUCAUGAUUUAUACUUGUUACUGUUAAUUUUAAAACAUUGUUAUAUGAUUACAAAUACUAUAUACAGACAGUCCAUAAGGUUACUGAUCAAAUAUCACCUGUAUUUACUUAUGGCCCGUUUCAUACUUGUUUCUUUAGCAGUAAAUUUUAGUUUCUGUUGCUAAUUAAAUGGUGCAAAUACAGGAAAAAUGAAAGAUAAAGCAUUUUUAAGUUAAUGCCAAAAAAGGUAUUUUCACUCAGGUAUUGAUAGCGUGAACAUACAACUUGUCUCUUUUUAAUGUUAGUCAAUCAAAAACCACAUUAAAGAUUUGUUGAACUACAUUUUAUAUACUUUAUCCAUUUGUCUUUUACUAUUUUUAAACAUUUCCACAGUUGGCAUCAUCAUUCCCACCAAUUAUUUUAUUCACCUACUGGUAUUACCAUAGAGGCAAGCUCUCUCUUUAAUCUAUAAUAACAAUGUGUCUCAAUUUAAUGAUCAUGACUUAAUAUCCAUUGAAGCUUCAUCACUUAUUACUUGUAACAGUAUAUUUCAUAUAAUCAUAUUUAAUUAUUAUAUAUAAUUAUUGCUUUUUCACCUAAAUUAGUCAAUUUAAGUUAUGUCUUUGAGUUUGUGUAAAAGAAUCUGUGAUACAAAGAUAAAUUUAUUAAAUAUAUGAUAUACCACACUGGUUUCAACUUUUUAUAUACUAUUUUUGAAUUUAUACAGAUUUCUCAUUUUCUGUCAUAUGCAAUGUCAACAAAUUUGAAAUAAGCCAUUCUUUAAUUACUUGAAUUAAGCAGAAUUGUAGUGGAAUGACCUUGAGAAUUGUUGUUCAAAAAAUAGUUUUCAAUUGGACAAAACAGAAAUGUUGAAUUAUAUUGCAAAAUUUGAAAGAAAAUGGUCAAUUCAUUACUAACAUACAGAGAUUUUAAAUUCAAUUUACAACUAACACAAAUUUUGCAGUAAUUUUCAAGCAUAUUGGCAAAGGUUCAUGCAAAAUACUUAGCUCUGUGUGGAAAACAUAGAUUACAAAAAUUGGUAAGUCUCAGAUUACUGUGAAUGUGACAUUAUGCAAGAUUAAUUACAUGUACCUGGGUUCUUGGCAAAAGAGAUAAUUCCCUUAAGAAAUGUUUAGAAACUUAUAUUUUCUUCCUAUGCUGUGCAUUCCAUGUUUCAUGUUGGUGUAUUACAAUUCGGUUGUGAUAUUCAAUGUUAUGUAUGUUGUCAUUCCUGUGUAAAGUGCUAUGUUAGAGCUUGCCCUGUGAUUACAAUCAAAAUGUUUUUAUUUACAGUACUACUCUGUACCUAUUCCAUAUUAUUAUAUUUAUAAAUAAACUUAUUUCUUCAAUUAUAGAGAGAUUUUUAUAUAUUGCUAUAUAUACAUGGAAACUACUUAAUCUCUUGCCAUCCCCAGAGAUGGACAGCCACAUACCUAAUUAACAAAAAUUAAAUUUGGAUGAAAAAAAAGGUAGAUCUAGUCUCAUGGGAAACAAGUAUAUUUAUGUACUGGUUUUGCUGUAAAUUGACGUGCUAACUAUCUUAAACUUCUAUUAUUGAGUGGACAAUUCAGCUAUUAUAAAACCACAUAAAAUGAAACUAGUUAUAUCAUGUUUCCAUCCAUCUCCCGCCUUUUGUUUAUUUAUAAGUUUUCUGUGACAAAAGAUUAUCUGUUAUUUUUUUUGUUUCUUUGAUAAUUUAUUGAUUAACUAUAACUAUACUGACAUUUUUCCUAACAUUCUUUGAAAAGAAACUAACCAAGAAAUAUUUAUGCAAGAUUAUUUCGGUGGCGUUUUGUGAAUAUAAAAGAUGAUAGCUUUAAAAUAAUAUCCUAUUUUUAAAGAAAUGUUAUUUAUUUGUUAAUAUUUCCUUUGUAAGUGUAUUAUUAUAUAUAAGAAUUUUAUUUAUGAAACUUUAUUUUUUACAAGGUACAAAUUGUUUUUGUAAAAAAUUUAUUUCAAUUGUAUACUUCUUUCAAGAAUAAUGUUUUCAAUAAAUGUUCCUAUUACUAAAUGAUGAUUAUUAUGAAUUAUACAUACUGAAUGUAUUUAUUUAGAAAAUAAAUCAUGUUUGAAAAGAGUGAAAGUUAAUCAAAAAUAUUUGAUUAAAAUAUUUUAAAUCGAUGUCAUUCCUUUAAUGGAAAACAGUGUUAAAUUGUUAUUAUUAUUAUUUGUUUAGUAAUCAGCACGUCCUUAUAUAUAUAUAUUUAGAUAUAAUAUUGUUGAUAUUCGGCAAUUGAUGGUAAAUGUUGCAAUUUCUAUUGUAGCAGUUUAUAUAUGGCUAUAAAUAUAAAUUGAAACUUA